AUGGCCUUAAUCCAUAAUCAAAAUGAUAUACAAAACAUGUUUAGUAAAGCAGGAAAGAUAACUUCAGAGAAAUAUAUAGUUUUUUAACGAAAAGAAGAGAUCAUUAACAAUAGACCCAGAUAUUUCAAAGGGAAAUCUUAAUCAGCUGCAUCUUCAGAAGAGGUAAAUCAAUAAGUAGAUAAAAAAAUGCCAGAAAUAUCAAGCAAGAAAUAAUAAGAAUAAAUAACAGAAGCAGAAUAGAUUUAACGCAAAAAUUAAGUUAAACUUUCCCAACCAUUUUCAAGACAACUGUCUAGAUAAGUAGGUCAUUAUACAAAACUGAGUAAAGAUAGUAAACCAUCUUGUGGAUAAUAUCAUGUUAAAUACAGUGAACUUGAUAAGUAUUUAUUGAAAUAAUGAUUAAUAAGAGCAGUUCACUCAAUUCAUGAUUAUGAUAAAUCACUUAAGCACACAGUACCUCUGGAAGUACCAGGAAAGCAUGGAGAACCUGAAAAUAUUGAGUAAACAAUCAAUAGAUAUAUUAUAGUAAACCAAUAGUAGAUAGGCCAAGGUUUUCUAGAACCUGUUUUCUAGAUUUAGUACGAUAAACCUAAAGGUAUAAAUUUAUAUUAAAUUAUAAGACCUGAUAUAUUUUUUGGAAGACCAACUCCACAUCCUGAUAGAUUUACAUAUUUAAAUGUAACGGAUUCAUGGAGCAAGAUUCCUAGAACUCCAUCAGUCUAAUUAGAAAAAUAAUUGUCUAGAGAUCAAAUGAUAAUUUAUAAAAAAAAAUAAUUUGCACCUGAUUAUCAUCCAAAUUUUGAAUUUGGUAAAAAGUAUAUGAAUUGAUUAAUAAAUAGAUAAUUAGGCAGUUGUGGUGCUCCAUUUGAUAAAUUAGAAUAGAGAAAAGAUAUUAUGACUAAAAUUCCACCUUAUAAUCAUGAAACUUAUUUUGAAUUUGAUGUUUAUUCAAAGGAUCCAAAUAGUAAACUUUUUAGAACUCCAACAGCUCCAAAUUUUAAAUAAAUGUUGGAUAGGGAACAAGAUGGAAAAUCCCUUUUACCAAGCUUUAUGUAGGUAAUUAUAAUUUUAGACUUUUAAGAAAUAUUCAAAUACUCGUAUGGGCAUUACUCAUUUACAUUAAAAAAUGUUAGAAGUUAAUAACUUUAGAGAUGGAAGAUUUCAAACUGUUACUUCAAGUUUCUUACCUAGUAAAGGUUUCAAAAAAAGACCAUAAUUGGAUGAAUCAAGUGAAGAAAUUGAACAAAUGGAAGAAUAAUGA